ACCACCCAAAGCCCUAUAAAUAAUCCAAGGACCGUAUUUUUUCUCCAGCUUUCUCUUCAGACCUCGAAGGGAAAAUAUCAGGCAGGAGAAAGAAACAGAAGAGAGAGAGGAGGGCAGAGAGAGAGGAGAGAUGGCCAGCGAAUUCAAAAAGAAAAUGUUCUGGAGGGCGGUGGUGGCCGAGUUCCUCGCCAUGAUCCUCUUUAUUUUUAUCAGCAUUGGUUCGGCUCUGGGUUUUAAUUUCCCAGUGUCAGUCAACGGGACAUCAUCAACUCAGGACAACGUGAAGGUUUCGCUGGCUUUUGGGUUAUCCAUCGCGACCAUGGCACAGAGCGUGGGCCACAUCAGCGGUGCCCACCUGAACCCGGCGGUGACCCUGGGCCUCCUGCUGAGCUGCCAGAUCAGCAUCUUCAAGGCGUUGAUGUACAUCCUCGCCCAGUGCCUGGGGGCAGUGGUGGCCACUGCCAUCCUGUCCGGAGUCACCUCCUCUCUGCCCCACAACUCCCUGGGGCUCAAUGCGCUUGCAAAAGGAAUCAAUGCAGGCCAAGGACUAGGAAUUGAAAUCAUUGCUACUCUCCAGCUGGUUUUGUGUGUCCUUGCCACCACAGACAGGAGAAGGAAUGAUGUCUCAGGAUCAGCACCUCUGGCCAUUGGUCUCUCUGUUGCCUUGGGACAUCUCCUUGCAAUUGAUUACACUGGUUGUGGAAUUAACCCAGCCAGAUCUUUUGGCUCAGCACUGAUUGCCAACAACUUCGAAAAUCAUUGGAUCUUCUGGGUUGGCCCAAUCAUUGGAGGAGCAGGUGCUGCCUUGAUCUAUGACUUCAUCCUGGCUCCCAGAAGCAGUGACCUGACUGAUCGCGUGAAGGUGUGGACCAGCGGCCAAGUAGAAGAGUACGAUCUGGAAGGAGAUGAUAUGAACUCCAGAGUUGAGAUGAAGCCAAAAUAAAGAAGGACAAGUUGGGGUGGGGGAACGCAUCGGUUUUUGAAGAUUUUAUCAGUGUUAUAGACUCUUUGUAAACCAGCAAGAAGAACUUUGUUUUGUAAUUCAAUAUGGUUUUCCUUUUUUUUUUGCACCCAAUCUAAAUAGCUUUUUUAUAUCUGGGGUUGUUCAAUUACAUUGUCUUCAGGCCAAGAAUUCAUUAGCAUGAUCUAAAUAAAUUGGGUUGAUAUUUAACCCUUCUCUCACUACUUUCAAAUUUGCUGGUGUAUUCAGUGUGGCUGGCCCUCCCAGCACAUCAUGCAGUAGUGAUGCAUAGUUUGCUGAAAGAAUAAAACUUCAUCUGUACCAUUCGUAGGGGUUUAUACCAGAAAAAGCAUUUAUAUAGAAAUGCAAGGCUGGUAUUUAAUGUCAGCAGUGCAUGUGAAAAAAAUUCUUUAAUCAUUUCCCAGAAGUGUCUUUUGGAAGCAAAGGCUGCUGAAAAUUAUUUGUUAUCUAGAAAGAACCAUAAUUUUCUAAAUUGUUGAUAAUCUCCAAGAAAGAACCAGAAAUACUGUUGAGCAGAACAAGAAGCUCCAGAUCUCCAAGAUCUGUUUACAUUUUUAAGAGUUUCAUCCUCUCUGAACCUGCAUCCAGUUGUGAAGGGAUAACCAAAAAAUGUGUAGAUAUAUGAAUUCCUGGGAAGUAAUAACUAGAAAUGAGAUCGAAGAGCAGUAGUUACAACAGCAACGAGAACAACACGGUGCUGAUAUGCAAACAGGACCUGAUUGUUCCUGUGACUGUUCUACAUUUGCUUGUCUUAUGUAAAUUAACUGUAUAUUUGAAAAGAAACCAGGAAAAAAAAUAAAGACUGCUUUCUUUCUGACCCCAUUUUAACAGCAAGUGCUAUGACAUUCAGGGAGAAUUAGUAGAUAUACACACAGUAUAUUUUCUAAUGAGGGACAAAUACAUACCUGUGUGUAAGUCCAUUUUGAGGGUCAUUUAAAAAA